CCACCGACCGACCGUCCCAAGCCAUCAUUGUACUAUUGAAGGCUCCCUUUGCUCUUCUAUGGCCGUGAUACGCGCGAGUGUGACUGGGCACCGUUUGUCAUGCUGCUAACAUCGCCAGAAUUCGAUCCCCUCACAAUAAUAAUAACAACAACAACGACCAGAACAACACGGUGGUGGUGACGAAGAGAAGCCGUCAGACGCAGGAAAAAUCAAAAUAUAGUGGCACGAGAAGAUGAGCGAGAGCAUCCGUCCGUCGUUUUGUCCGAUUUCGUUCCGUGUCUCUACAUUGGAGUUGGAAAUGAUGAUGAUGGUGAUGUCGACGCAACGAUUGCGCAAUCGCAACUCGCGGUCACUUGGUUCCUCAUCGGCGGCGAAUGAUUGUGUGAGCGUGUAGGUAUACCAGUAGCGUUUACCGCCUGUAUACCCUGCAUGUAUAGCCGAGAGUACGUGCAAGGGAAGCUCGGCUGAGUAUUCUGUAUGCUUCCAUGUCACACGGUCACAGGAACACGAGAGAAGUGGCGAAUUUCGUACGGGGAAGAAGACUCAGUAUCGAGCGAAUUGAGCUGAAAACGGCAAAAAGGUUUUUCUUCUUCGUGUGAAGGUGUCAUUCGGUUUUAAAUAUUACUGCUGAACUCUGGAAACCUGUCACUGGAUUGUGGUUUUUUAACGGAACUAGGCCGAUUAUUUUGUGAGAUUCCUAGGAAACAUCCGACUCGAUUUACAACAACAUCGCGCUGGGAGCUCGCUCUCUAGGACAGUAAGCUUCUAGCCAUGACGACUGACAUUUCAGUGGUCCGGUGGGACCCCAGCCAGGGUCCCGGGCAGGAGUAUAUCGACGAAUACGAAUACGACGGAGGCAACUCCAGUUCACGCCUUUUCGAGCGAUCACGAAUCAAAGCUUUAGCCGAGGAACGCGAGAGUGUCCAGAAGAAGACCUUCACAAAAUGGGUCAACUCGCAUUUAGUGAGGGUCAACAGUCGAAUAGCCGACCUGUACGUCGACAUGCGGGACGGCAAAAACCUCAUCAAACUAUUGGAAGUAUUAUCCGGCGAGCGAUUGCCCCGCCCCACGAAGGGCAAAAUGCGAAUUCACUGCCUUGAAAACGUAGACAAAGCAUUGCAGUUCCUUCGAGACCAGCGGGUCCAUCUGGAGAACAUUGGUUCUCACGAUAUCGUAGAUGGAAAUGCCAGCUUGAACUUGGGUCUCAUAUGGACCAUUAUCCUGCGAUUCCAGAUCCAAGAUAUUACAAUCGAAGAAACCGAUAACAAAGAGACAAAGUCCGCCAAGGAUGCGCUGCUGCUAUGGUGUCAAAUGAAGACCGCCGGUUAUCAUAACGUAAACGUGCGUAACUUCACUACCUCCUGGCGAGAUGGGCUUGCCUUCAAUGCAAUCAUUCACAAACAUCGACCGGAUCUCAUCCAGUUCGAUAAGCUGACGAAGAACAAUCCCAUCCAGAACCUGAAUAAUGCGUUCAACGUGGCAGAGGAGAAGCUCGGUCUGACCAAGCUGCUGGAUGCUGAAGAUGUGUUCGUUGAGCAUCCCGACGAGAAAUCCAUUAUCACCUACGUGGUAACUUACUAUCAUUACUUCAGCAAGCUGAAGCAGGAAACCGUACAAGGCAAACGUAUUGGUAAGGUCGUCGGUAUUGCCAUGGACAACGAUCGGAUGAUCAACGAGUACGAAUCGCUGACCAGUGAACUGCUGAAGUGGAUUGAAGUUACAAUCGUUCAACUCGGCGAUCGAGAGUUUGCCAAUUCCUUGGUCGGUGUUCAACAACAACUGGCACAGUUUUCCAACUACCGGACGGUCGAAAAGCCUCCCAAGUUUGUAGAGAAAGGUAACCUGGAAGUGCUGCUGUUCACAUUGCAGUCGAAGAUGAGAGCAAACAAUCAAAAACCCUACACUCCAAAAGAAGGUAAAAUGAUUUCCGAUAUUAACAAAGCAUGGGAGCGCUUGGAGAAGGCAGAACACGAAAGAGAACUGGCCCUCCGCGAGGAGUUGAUCCGUCAGGAGAAGCUCGAACAGCUCGCCGCUCGUUUCAAUCGAAAGGCAACUAUGAGGGAAACAUGGCUGUCGGAGAAUCAACGCCUGGUCAGUACCGACAACUUCGGAUUUGAUCUGGCUGCCGUUGAAGCUGCUGCGAAGAAGCAUGAAGCCAUUGAAACUGAUAUCUUCGCCUACGAAGAGCGUGUCCAGGCCGUUGUCGCUGUCUGCAAUGAGCUGGAGGCGGAGAAAUAUCACGAUAUCGAAAGGAUUGCGGCUCGCAAAGAGAACGUUCUGCGUCUGUGGAAUUACCUUCUCGAGCUGCUCAGAGCGAGAAGAAUGCGUUUGGAGUUCUCCAUUCAACUGCAGCAAAACUUCCAGGAGAUGAUCUAUAUCUUGGAUUCCAUGGAGGAAAUCAAGCAGCGUCUAUUGACCGACGAUUUUGGCAAGCACUUGAUGGGAGUGGAAGAUCUUCUGCAGAAACAUUCACUUGUAGAAGCCGACAUCAACGUACUCGGUGAGCGUGUGAAGCAAGUUGUGCAAAACUCCCAGAAGUUCUUGGGCGAUGAAGAAGGUGGAUACAAACCUUGCGAUCCAGCUAUUAUUGUUGACCGUGUGCAGCGCUUGGAGGAUGCAUACGCCGAGCUGUGCAAGCUAGCAGUAGACCGUCGAUGCCGCCUGGAGGAAAGCCGUAAGCUGUGGCAGUUCUACUGGGAUAUGGCCGAUGAGGAGAACUGGAUUAAGGAGAAAGAACAAAUCGUAUCGGCUGACGAAAUUGGUCAUGAUUUGACCACGGUCAAUUUACUGUUGUCCAAGCACAGAGCUUUGGACAAGGAAAUCAAUUCGCAUGAACAGCAGUUGAUGUCAGUUAGUACCGUUGGCGAUGAUUUGGUUCGAAACGGUCACUUUGGGGCAGAUCGCAUCGAGGAACGUCUCAAAGAGAUUUUGGCUAUGUGGAACAACCUUCGCGACCUCACGGUGUCGCGUCGUCAACGCCUCGAGAAUGCUGUUGACUACUUCCAACUUUUCGCUGAUGCCGAUGAUAUUGACAACUGGAUGCUUGAUGCACUACGCCUGGUUUCCUCCGAAGAUGUUGGUCGUGACGAGGCAAACGUACAAAGCUUGCUGAAGAAACACAAGGACGUGGCGGAUGAACUGAAAAAUUACGCUGAAACCAUCGAGCAACUGCAUGCUCAGGCCAAGAAUCUAACGUUAACGGAACCAGAACAGCAGAAAGUCCAGGAACGUCUUGCUGCGAUCGAUGCCCGCUACAAAGAACUCAUGGAACUGGCUAAAUUGCGCAAACAGCGACUCCUCGAUGCUCUUAGUUUGUACAAGCUUAUUUCCGAGAGCGAUGGCGUAGAGCAAUGGAUCAGUGAGAAGGAACGCAUGUUGCAAACAAUGGUUCCUGGAAAGGACAUCGAAGACGUAGAAAUCAUGAAGCAUCGUUACGACGGAUUCGACAAGGAAAUGAAUGCCAACGCAUCACGGGUAGCCGUCGUCAACCAACUGGCUCGUCAGUUGCUGCACGUUGAGCAUCCCAAUUCCGAAGAAAUCAUCGAGAAGCAAAAUCACCUGAACCAGAGUUGGUCCAAGCUGCGUGAACAGGCAGAGAGCAAGCGUGAUGAUCUGAAGUCUGCUCACGGUGUACAAACAUUCUACAUCGAGUGUCGUGAAACAGUAUCUUGGAUCGAGGAUAAAAAACGCAUUCUUACUGACACUGACAGCCUCCAGAUGGACUUGACUGGUGUUAUGACUUUGCAGCGUCGUCUUAGUGGCAUGGAGCGUGAUCUAGCCGCCAUUCAGGCAAAGCUCACCGCCUUGGAAAGCGAGGCCGAUGCCAUCGAAGGUGAACAUCCGGAAGAAGCGGCUUUGAUCCGCGAGAGAAUUUCACAGAUCCAAGUUAUCUGGGAACAACUCACUCAGAUGUUGAAAGAACGUGACUCUAAACUGGAAGAAGCUGGAGAUCUUCACCGUUUCCUCCGUGAUUUGGAUCAUUUCCAGGCUUGGUUGACCAAAACACAAACCGAUGUUGCUUCCGAAGAUACUCCUACAUCACUGCCAGAGGCUGAGAAGCUGCUGAAUCAACACCAGAGUAUUCGCGAGGAAAUCGACAAUUACACCGAAGAUUAUACCAAGAUGAUGGAGUACGGCGAGGGAUUAACUUCGGAACCGACUCAGACCGAAGAUCCACAAUACAUGUUCUUGCGUGAACGUCUAAAGGCACUGAAGGAUGGCUGGGAAGAGUUGCACCAGAUGUGGGAGAACCGUCAAGUUCUGUUGUCUCAAAGCUUGGAUCAGCAGUUGUUCAAUCGCGAUGCACGCCAAGCUGAAGUUCUUCUUAGUCAACAAGAGCAUGUCCUUAGUAAGGAUGAUACUCCAGUUAACCUAGAGCAGGCUGAAAAUCAACUGAAGCGACAUGAAGCAUUCCUAACCACUAUGGAAGCCAAUGAUGAGAAAAUCAAUACUAUCGUGCAGGUUGCUGAUCAGCUCACCGAAAAACAGCACUUCGAUUCCGAAAAGAUCGGAAAGCGAGCUGAGAGCAUCGCUCAUCGUCGCGACGAUAACCGUAACCGUGCUAUUGAGCUGCACGAAAAGUUGAAGAAUCAAGUUAAGCUGCAUGAAUUCUUACAGGACAUUGAAGAGCUGACAGAGUGGGUGCAGGAGAAGUACAUUACUGCUCAGGACGAUACCUACCGUAGCGCCAAGACCGUCCACAGUAAAUGGACCCGUCAUCAAGCAUUCGAAGCGGAAAUUGCUGCCAACAAGGAACGUCUGCAUGAAGCCCAGAAAGCGGCCCAGGAGUUGAUGGUCGAAAAACCAGAAUUCAAGGAAAUCAUUGAACCAAAACUACAAGACCUGGCCAAGAACUUUGAUGAGCUGGAAACCAGCACCAAAGAGAAGGGAGCACUUUUGUUCGACGCCAAACGUGAGGUUAUUGUCCAACAGAGCGUAGAUGAUAUUGAUUCAUGGAUGGAUGAUUUGGAGAAACAGAUCAUCAACACUGACACGGGUAAUGAUCUGACUUCGGUGAACAUUCUGAUGCAGAAACAACAGGUCAUUCAAACGCAAAUGGCAGUUAAGGCCCGACAAGUCGAAGAACUCGAGAAACAAACGGAAGUUCUUACGAAAACCGCUCCUCAGGACGUUGUGGAACCUAUCGUAGAGAAGAAGACAGCAGUCAAUGCCCGAUUCGAAAAGAUCAAAGCACCACUUCUGGAACGUCAGCGUCAGCUUGAGAAGAAGAAGGAGGCUUACCAAUUCCGUCGCGAUGUUGAGGAUGAAAAACUCUGGAUAGAUGAAAAGAUGCCAUUGGCUAACUCGGAAGAAUAUGGCAACUCGCUAUUUAAUGUUCAUGUGCUGAAGAAGAAGCACCAGUCGCUGAAUACCGAAAUUGAUAAUCAUGAGCCUAGAAUUAUGACCAUUUGCAAUAAUGGUCAAAAGUUGAUUGAUGAAGGACAUGAAGAUGCUUCUCAGUACGCCGAUUUAAUCAGUCAGCUGACACAAAAAUGGCAGGAAUUGAAGGAUGCCAUUGACAACCGUCACAAACAGCUGGACCAAUCGGAGAAGGUGCAACAGUACUUCUUCGAUGCUGCUGAAGCUGAAUCAUGGAUGAGCGAACAGGAACUGUACAUGAUGGUGGAAGACCGAGGAAAGGAUGAAAUCUCCGCCCAAAAUCUGAUGAAGAAGCAUGAUACUCUGGAACAGUCCGUGGAGGACUAUGCCGACACAAUCCGGCAACUGGGCGAGACUGCAAGGCAGUUGACCGCUGAACAGCAUGCAUACAGCGAUCAGGUUUCCGUCAAGCAGUCCCAGCUGGACAAAUUAUACGCUGGAUUGAAGGAUUUGGCCGGAGAGCGUCGCGCCCGUUUGGACGAAGCGUUGCAACUGUUCAUGUUGAACCGAGAGGUUGAUGAUCUUGAACAAUGGAUUGCGGAACGUGAGUUGGUUGCUGGUUCGCACGAACUUGGACAAGAUUAUGAUCACAUUACAUUGUUGUGGGAGCGCUUCAACGAAUUUGCCCAAGAUACGGCUGCCGUCGGAAGCGAACGAGUUGCCAAGGCUAAUGGAAUCGCAGACGAGUUGAUUCAUGCUGGACAUUCGGACAGUGCAACGAUAGCAGAAUGGAAAGACGGUCUUAACGAGUCCUGGCAGGAUUUGCUGGAGCUGAUUGAAACCAGAAAGGCGAUGUUGGCCGCUUCUCGUGAGCUACAUAAAUUCUUCCACGAUUGUAAGGAUGUUCUGGGUCGAAUUAUUGAGAAGCAACAUGGUGUAUCGGACGAACUGGGACGUGAUGCAGGAUCCGUUUCGGCGCUACAACGCAAGCAUCAAAACUUCAUUCAAGACCUGAUGACACUCCACUCUCAAGUCCAGCAGAUUCAGGAAGAAUCCUCGAAACUGCAAGCAGCAUACGCAGGUGAAAAGGCACGUGAAAUCACAAACCGUGAACAUGAGGUACUCGCUGCCUGGGCCAACCUCCAGGGAAUGUGCGACGCUCGUAAGAACAAACUUGCCGAUACUGGAGAUUUGUUCAAAUUCUUCAACAUGGUGCGAACGCUAAUGCUAUGGAUGGAAGACGUGGUCCGGCAGAUGAAUACCUCGGAAAAACCCCGCGAUGUAUCAGGAGUGGAGCUGCUGAUGAACAAUCACCAAAGUCUAAAAGCAGAAAUUGACACUCGUGAAGAUAACUUUUCGGCGUGUUUGGCCCUUGGAAAAGAACUCUUGGGAAGGAAUCACUAUGCAUCGGCAGAUAUCAAGGAGCGCCUGUUGCAGUUGACGAACAGCCGGAAUGCGCUUCUGCAUCGAUGGGAAGAACGUUGGGAGAACCUACAGCUGAUAUUGGAGGUAUACCAGUUUGCCCGUGAUGCAGCCGUUGCCGAGGCCUGGUUGAUUGCACAAGAACCGUAUCUAAUGUCGACAGAACUGGGACACACUAUUGACGAAGUUGAGAACCUGAUAAAGAAGCACGAGGCUUUUGAAAAAUCUGCUGCUGCACAAGAGGAACGUUUCAGCGCUUUAGAGCGAUUGACAACGUUUGAGCUCAAAGAAAUGAAACGUCGCCAGGAAGCUGCAGAAGAGGCAGAACGACAACGUUUGCAAGCGGAAGCAGAAGCCCGAGCUGCAGCGGAAGCUGAAGCUGAGGCAGCACGUCAAGCCGAAGCAGCAGCGCGUGAUACAGCCGAUGCACCAGGCUCACCACAUUCCACGAAGGAGCAGGAAUCAGUCGGCACCGAUACACCCAGCACCAGCACAAGGAGGCACUCAGCGACACCCAAAGAGCGUUCCGCCAGCACGGCCAGUGCUUCAGCGUCCAAAGUGAGCCGAAGAUCUCGAUCCAAGAGUCCCUUCCGGAGUUUCCGCUGGAAGCGAGGGACCUCCAAAGCAGAAGUAUCGGACGACGAAGGAGAUCGCCCAAGUCCCGGAGGAGCCGAUGAAGGCGCACAGGAGGGCGUUCUUACCAGGAAACACGAAUGGGAAUCUACCACCAAGAAGGCCUCCAAUCGAUCGUGGGAUAAGAUCUACAGCGUUGCCCGUAACGGUCGAUUGACAUUCUUCAAAGAUCAGAAAACAUCGAAGGCUGUUCCAGAACAAACGUUCCGUGGUGAACCCCCACUAGAGCUAAAGGGAGCUCAAAUCGAAAUUGCUACUGACUACACCAAGAAAAAGCAUGUGUUCAGAAUAAAGUUGUCGAACGGUGGUGAAUUCCUGCUGCAGUGUCACGAUGACGCCGAAAUGAACCAAUGGGUAACUGCUUUGAAAGCCCAAUGCGAGCUUGACGCUAGCGGUGAAGGCCGCUCGUUAACGUUGCCAGCUUCAUCACAAAAGGAUGAACAAAAGAGACGGUCAUUCUUUACACUGAAGAAAAAUUAAAAUCUUUACAAAAACAUACAUGAUCCGAUAUCGACACAUCUAUGCAAAAAUCGUUUGCGAUAAAUCAACAAAAACUGUACUAAACCCAAUUGGACAACCUUCUUCUGUUUUAAUUAGUUGUUAGUGAUUUUAAGUACGUACUGUCUACAGCACCAACGGCUGAAAAGUAAUAAAUGGAUAAUAUAAAAGCGAUAAGCAGCAAAGGUAGUAAACAAGCACUUGUGUGGUUAAUCAUUGUUGACUAACUUCUCAGUUUGAAAACGCGUCAGGAACCACUAAUAUGUUUAGAGCAACCUUUAAUAAUAUCUCUGCUUAGUCCAGUGAAUAACAAGAGCAGGCACGUAGCGAAUAUAGAACACUCACAAAUACGGAGAUAUCGCAAUGAGUACAAUCCAGGUGAUUCUGGUUUUCGGGAGUUUCAUCUACUACUACAAUUCCAUCAACAAUCAUCACAACUCAUUAUCGAGCGCAAGCAACACAACUUUUAUCUCUUAAGAUUUUCGCAACAAAUGGCAGCGUCUUCGCAAUAACAGCUACAGAAAUUUAGAACUCUUUAAGAAGUAAAAAAGUGUAUUGUUUAAAUAGAGAAUCAACGUUGUCGAAUUAAGAACAUUUGAACAAGGCAAACGCGCUCCGCUAAAGCUGAUUUGGAACCAAAUUUAAGAAAAACUGACGAAAUCUAGUUUUAAAAAUAAUGUACAUCUAUAUAAUACAUAUUUAUUUUAUCCUAGACGAACUUAACGGAAGAAAAAAUACAAAACCUCUUUGAAAUCCCACAAAGUCUUCGAUUUCGUUUCGUGAGAAAAGAAAUUGUAAGAAAAAGAAGAGCGUGACCCUUGAUAAUUGUCGAAAGGCCAGUAGUGGCGACACGUAUUAGACAUACAACGUAGAAAACCUGAUUUCUUUAUUUUCGUAAACAAAGUUCAAGAAAUAAGGACAUAAUGUAGUAAUCCAGUCAGCCAUGGCCAACUCAACAAUACCUUGAAAAAUAUCGCAGAGUUUGGAUUUGGACAUUUCUAUUCCGUUAGUGGUGUUUGUGUAUAUCCUAAGCCCAAAAUCUUUAGGGAUGCACUCUUAGUUCUACACGUUUUAUACCUCCUAUCAAAGCUUUUUUUCGAUUACGCUUGAUGGAAUGCAAUUUAUCAAAGUGUGAAUGAGUUCGCUUCUUUGUGAGGUCUAGGUGUGCGCUUUCCAUUGUAAUAUGAAGUAUUGCAGCACAAACGAUUACAAUUAUGCGAGAAAAGAAGAAGUACCACGACGCAACCGGUUAGAACAGAUCGGUUUGAACCAAUUCGAAGGAGUUUGAUUGGGUUUUCAAAGAAAAGAUACAAAUUUUGGAGACAGCAUAUGAAGAAUUCUGAUAAUUCUACUAAUACGGAGAUAAUAUUAGUAUUCUUGGUAUGCAAUUUCCUCUAAAUUCCUGGUUUAUAUAAAUUAUGCGUAGCUAUCAAGCUUUCUCCAUAUUUUCUGAUUUUAUUUCGUCUUACCAUUAAAACACAACUAAAAUAGUUUAUAGUUGUUCAUAGUGAAACGAUAUGAUCCGGCCGAUACAAUCUAUCACGGAAGUGCAGAGCAGCUGAUCGACGAAGUACUGGAUGGUCAUGUUAAAGCUUGAAUAUCGGUCGUUUAUUCGUUAAUUAAGUAAGAGCACUAUUAUCUAUAUGGAGAAAAAUGUCAUUGCAAUAAUAUACACACACAAUGAAAACAAUUUCAAUGUUUCGACAAAACGAUAAAAUAAUUUUAAUGAAAAGCUUAGAAUAAAUAUAAUCGUAAUUCUGUUUAUUUUAGGCCGUACAUUAUUUAUUUUCUUUUUUUCUUUUUAAGAAAGUACUAAAUAAAAACGGAAAAUCGCAAAAGAAGAACAACAAAUAUAUUAGCGCGCUAUGUAAAAGAAAAUUUGUUUAUACAAAAGUAUAAAAAAUCAAUCAAGUAUAUUUUUAAACUGCCAGCUUGUGAGUAUCAAAACAAAAAUAAACGUAUGAAAUAAUAAUGCUUAUAAUUUGUUUUACUUCAAACGUAAAAGAAAGCGGAUAAUGCAUUAAUAUUAUACAAAAUGCUGAUUCAGUGACAUCUUGUGGAGAGUCUUAGAAUUCUAGAAAUAUAAUAUACUCACGAAGGACCGUUAACAUCGUAACAAGUUGAAAGUGCACUUGGAAUGGAAAAUUGGAUGGGCUAGAGCAUUUCUAAGGAUAGAUAAAAAUUACUACGUUUUCCACUUACAGCAAGUGAGUUGUGAUGUUUGAUACAAAUGCCUAAUUCCGAUCGGCUAGUACAAAUGUUUUCUAAAAAAAUAUAUCAAUUUAUUUAAUUUAUUGAAACAAUUCGUGGUCAAAGUGAAGCCGUUUCCAAUUUCUACAACAGCGCUCGUAGUACAUCCGAUUUUCUCGCUAUUUGCAAUUUUCCUUGGUGAACCUUAUAUAAGAAAAAGUAAAAGAAAAAAUAUAUUUACAUCUGCGAUUGAAUAUUAUUUUCUAGAACCCAGUAAGACGAACUAAACAUGUAAAAAACUAUCUGAAAGUCAAAAAUCCCUUGAUAUAAAAAUGAAAACAUCAAUAUUUAAUUGUUAUCAAAAAUAAUCAAACAAAGAUCGCUACUCUGAAAUUUCAAAUAAAACGAGAGAAAUAUGA